UAAAUGAAAAAGUUAAUGGAUGCAUUGAAAGCUUUUUCUACUGCUGGAAAAGUGUAUCAGAACACAUUGUUGGAUGGUGUGAAGUCUAUAAAAGCAUAUGGGAGAAUUAUAAUGAAAACGUUGUUUGAUGGAUUGAAAGCUUCUGCAGGACGAAAGAUUAAUGUGCAAUAUCUGCCAGAUUUUGUGAGCAAUAUAUGUAUUGAGCUACCAGAUAAAGAACAAAAGAGACUGCUAAAGAAACUUCCAGUUGAUGCUUCUGGGAAGAUCUUUCAAGAUAGAUUGUUGGAUGGUCUAAAGUCUUUCAAAGGCUCUUCUUUAAGUCUCUGCUGCAUAAGAGAUGUUCAAUCCAACGGGAGAGUCAGGAGGGUUUUUUCUGGAGAAGGCGGCCACUGUGGCUUCGGGACAUGUACAGACCUCUCAAUGCCACACGGAAGAAAAACAUGGCACAGAAGCUACACGACAGGGAUUCUUCUGAUGAGGAUGAGAUUUUCAACAAGGAACCAGGAGAGAAAGGUGAUGCGCCAGCAGAGAAGCCUCAGGCUACAAAUUCAGCUGCUGAAGACCUGGGUGAGGAGAGCGACAGUGAACUCCGAACUCCGCAUGUCAUCAUCCUCAAGUGACCUUGUCCUGCCUCAGGCUGUCUAAAGUUUAUUUUCUUUUUAUUUUUAUUAAAAAAUUUAUUUUUUU